AUGCAAUACGUUUUCCUUAUUGUUGUUUUGUUUUUGACUAUGACUGCCAAUGGACAAAUGGCCGGAGGACUGUCUGAUGCUAAUGCUACAGAGUAUACUGUAAGUUGUGAUAGAGAAGGUUCUGCAUGGAAAUCGAUUCCAGAAAUCAACGGACAAAACAAUGGAGGAAAUUAUUUGGUUCCAAUUAAGGUCCUGAAAGCUCAAGUCCAAGUCGUUGCUGGAACCAACACCAUUCUUGAAGUCCUGGUUGGAGAAUCCACAUGUGCCAAAGGUGGACCAAUCCAAGCCAAACAGAUCACCACAGCCAACUGUCCACUUAAAGCUAAUGGACAACGUGCCAUUUACAAGGUCACCAUCUGGGAGAAGGUCUGGGAGAACUUCACUCAGAUCACUGCUGAGAAGGUCAGAGAUGUUAAGCCAUCUGAACAGUUUUAA